UUUGCCCAGUUGCGUUCCCAAUCAUUCUACGACUAGGUAGUCCCGUGUCCAAGCUGUGCCACAAGGUUGGCGGCUGGUGUCAUCGGCGAAUAACGAUCACCGCUUCUUAAUUCCAAGUUUAUACUUUACUUAUCGUUUCUCCGUGCGGCCUGCCUAAAAGUUAAAAGUCAAAAGAAGGAAGGAGAGUAGUAGAGAAUUGUAAAAGAAAGAAGAGAGGAAGAAAACCGAGGGAGAAACAACGUAAACAGAUCACAAUAAUACAACAAGAACAACAAGACUGCAACAGUUUAAACAUAAUCUCAUUGUUCGUCGGACUGUUUGUUUCGUUUUGUUUUUUUAUUGUUACAAACAUCGUUGGUGAAAAACGUUCAAUCGUUCGUCAAAGACGUGCUCCGCAGUUUCAAUCGCCGCACAAGUUUCGAACCAAACCGUUGAACUUUGACGCAAGACCAGCUGUUGUUAUCAACGUUCGCUGCACAUAUACCAGUUCGUUCGUUCGGUUUUUCGGUGGUUUUGUUCUACCUUUAGUCGCUUGUUCGUCCGGAUUACCCCGGAAACACUGCUCGCGAAGGAGAAGAGAAGGAGAAGAAAACAACGAGGAGAAAAAGCAGGAGGGAAGUACUUGUAGAAUUCGUUCGGAGUGCGAUUCGAACUAGUCGUGAAAGACUCGGAAGGAGGAACGGUUCGAACUGCAACGGCGAGGGGUGUCCCGGGAGUUUUGAACGGAAGUUGAAAAAGAGUGGUGACAUGCGCGUGUAUGAGUGAAGCGUCGGCGGCAAUCGAGUAAACGAAAACAGUUGACAAACUAACCUAAUCUAACCUAACCUAACCUAACGCAACGCAACGCAACGUAAUGUAACCUGCCAGCGAGAUAAAAGAGAAAAAAAAGUUGAAAAAAGUUGAAGAGGAAAGAAUAAAGAGAAACGAAAACAAAAAAUAAUAAAAAAAAAAAAAAAGAAGCGAAAAGGAAGGAGAAGCAAAAAGAACCGCCAACUAAAUUCGGCGAUGGGCGGACGACUGCGGGAAUUCCGAGUGCUCGUUAGACGGCCGCAGACGCUGCACAGCGACGCCUAGAGACUAGAGAUAGAAAACAAGGAGAAGAAGAGAAUUUGUCGUAUCGCUUUUCGUUACUGGAGACGAGAGCGAGAGGAGAGACAGACGGCAAAAUAGCGAGAGGCGAAGAGCGGGAGACUCAAACGACUCAAUAGCUGCACGGGAGCGCGCCUGGCACCGAGGCGCAAGGACGCGGCAACGCCAGCAGGAGCGGAGAGCACAUUGCUUUUUUCCAUCUACGAGCAUCGCGCAAGGUGAACAGUCAGAACGAUGGUAGAUACGCAACACUUUUGCCUGCGAUGGAACAACUACCAGAGCAGCAUAACGUCAGCAUUUGAAAAUCUGCGAGACGAUGAAGACUUCGUCGACGUCACAUUGGCCUGCGACGGCAAGAGUCUCAAGGCGCAUCGCGUCGUACUCUCAGCCUGUAGCCCGUACUUCAGAGAGUUGCUCAAGAGUACGCCGUGCAAGCACCCGGUGAUAGUGCUUCAGGAUGUCGCUUUUAGCGACCUGCACGCCCUCGUCGAGUUCAUUUACCACGGCGAAGUUAACGUCCAUCAACGAUCGCUGAGCAGCUUUCUCAAGACUGCCGAGGUCCUCAGGGUAUCUGGUCUAACGCAGCAAGCCGAUCAGACCGAUAGGGAUGAGCUGUCACACGUCAGAGCGCUCGCAGCUGGUAACCAUCUUCCCACGCAUGAAAAAUUGCCAGAAGAGAAUUUUUUACGUGGAAAUUCUUCCCCGCCAUCAGCAGCAACGAUGCCGGUACCAACAAGUCUGCACCAACAAAUAUUUCAUAAAUCGCAGAUCCGCAAGAGCGAAAUUCAUCCCUACAACACGCAAAAUGAUAAAAUUAAAAGGGCCAGAUUGCCGUCGCCUCCUUUGAACAAUAAUGAUGCGAUACCGACAGACUUUUCUAUGAUAAAAAGCAACCACUUAUCGAGUAAAAUUGAGGGUAACGGAUUAAACGAAGACAGCAGUCAUGUAGAGGAGAAUAUCAAGUGCGAACCCCUUGAAUUGACGGGGGGCAACGGAGGUGGGAACGGUGGCAAUCACGACGACUCCUCGAAUUCCGAGGCUGCGGCGUCUGAUCGACCGCCAGCGUCAGCGAGCAGCAACGAACACGACCCUGAACCCGAACAUCCACCGUCGACCUACCUUCCAUCGGAGAGUAAACUUUUCACCACAACGCCUGGUACCUACAAUUUCACCAUGUCUGCGCUAACCACAGAUCAUUCGCCCUUAUCAGUAAAAUUUCCAGGCCUCGGACACGGGCUUCAAACAACGGACCUGGCUGGAACUUCACAAGAAGCAGGGUUGGCGAUGACUUCUUCUCAGAAUCGGCUCGAUAUUCAUCAGUCUAUAUUCGGCGAUUCCUCGACUGAUCAUCUCGGAAGAGUAUCGCAGGUGAAACCAAAGUUGGAAAUAUUCCCGGUGAUAAAUCGGCGGAGAAUCGAUCCCGAUUCGGCCAACUGCUGCGGAGCCCUUUUCGGGGCUUCCGGUGGUUCCGGUUCCGGUUCCGCGGGCUACGCCGGCGCUUCUUCAUCGCGUUCCGGCCCCGCGAACGACUCCGAGGGGUUCCCAGACACCGCGUGUCUCGGCUUUCCUCCGCCCCCGGCGCCCUCCUUCGACGCUUUGAUACCCUUCGACGUGAACCUACUGCCGGAAUCCGCCCCCUCCGAUUGGUUCGCCAACAUACCGCCGGAGUUCAGGAACGCGAACACCGAAUCCAUGCAGGGCCUGCCCUGCACCCACUGCGGCAAGUGGCUGCGGAAUAAAAUAACCCUGAAAAGACACAUUCAGGACCUGCACUGCGCGCAGAGCGAGGAAUUCAGGUGCACCAUAUGCAACAAGGUUUAUCGAACCAAGAACAGCCUCGUUGUUCACACCUGUAAUUAUCACGGUGGGAAAAGACUAGCCGCUGCUUCUUUUAAUUCUACGUCGGUGAGGCAGCUGCAACAGGCGCAGAUCGCGGGGCUUGAUUUCUUGUAGACGAUGUCCGAGUCUCGUUUCAUUAUACAUCCUUUCUCACUUUUUAUCUCUCCCUAUUUUAACGAAUUUAUUUAUUUACGAGAAAAGUAUUACGGAAUUCUCAUCAUUCAAUUGCACUCUCAAUUUGAGUAGAACGAUCGUUUAUUGCCGCUAUACCAUGUACAAUGUAUAACUGGAAAGAAUACGUUGCGUUAAUCUUGUAUAUUAAUAUAUAUGUAAUAUAUAUACACACACACACACCUAAUGUAUAGUCGAAUACUUUGAUAUUGUCUCGUACCAUUGUAAGAGACAUGUACAGUUGUAAUAUGUAGUUGUAGAAGACGAUUUUACGCACGCUUUGACUCAACUCAAUGAUACGUAACAUAUGGGUAUUAUAUCGGGUUUUCUAUCGAUUGUUGUAGAACAACGUGUAAUUCGGGAACGAAGUUUGAUGAAAUUGAAAAUAAUUCGUUUAAACUGCAGUUCUCUUUUCGCGAGAUAAAUUAUGCGCGGUAUGGAUAAAUUGAAGAAAAAAGAAACCAGUUACCGGGAAACGAAAAAACUAUCAUCUCGUUUCACAAAUUUUAUGCAAAUCACGAAAUUCUAAGAUUCUGCAACGGAAAACAUGUCUCAGCACUGUGCGAUGAAAUUAAACCUGUCGAAGAGACGUUGCUUUGCGAAAAGUUUAAUUAGAUAGCUCGAUUUUCGUAUUGCGCGAGAGGAGGCAAAGAUGUAAAGAUAGUGCUAAUUUUAAAAAAGAGAAUAUAGAAAAAAAGAAAACGCGCCCAAAAUCGAUUUGUAAACUAAGAACGUAUCAAAUCGUGCGACGAUUAAUUAUCGAUGGAAUGCUGCUACCGAUGCUCCUGUAUACUGUAUAAAAAGAAUUACUUUUAAAUAAUAAUUGUUUCUUCUCGUGUAUGAUCUCUGUAAAAUAUUCCAAUAAUCUCGCGAAUGGACGUUACAUUCAUUCGCUCAUAGAUAUAGAUGCCGAAGGCUGCUUAGGGAAUGUGAAAAAUCAAAUGACAACUUGAGAAACUAUAAAAGUAACAUGUAUUACGAUAAGUUGUAUACAUACGUACGUAAAUACUAUGCCUGCGUGAAAAAUGCUUGUAACCAAAUUACGAUACUUGCAUAAUAAAUAUAAUAUAUAUAUAUUAUAUACGCAAUUAAUUUAAACGACGGAGGAAAAGAGGAAUAUAAUAAAGAAAGAAUGCAAUAAAAAUAGUUACGAUAAAUUUACAUUGUGGUUUUAAUAAUGGAAACUUUUCACCUCGGCAAAGCAAUUCACGCGCCCUCAUUUGCGUUUUAUGAUUAAGAUACUUUAAUUCGCCCGCGGUUUUUUUUUUUUUUUUUUUUCAUAUAUCUUUUUUCAUCUUUGAGACGAACCCUGCACAUAUGGCGCGACGUGCGUGACUUAGAUAUAAUACGUCUGUUGGGACGGGAGGGAAUGUAAUUGUGUGUAAUUAUUUAUCCGCAGCGUUGUUCUUUCAACGUUUUAUAUCGUGAUGACAUAAUUCUGUGUGUACAUCCGUAUGAAUAAAUAGAAUCUCAACAAAUCCAA